AUGCGCCUGAAGCGUUCAAAGACGUCUAUUGGCGACCUAGCCGGACUCGAUGAGGACUUGCGCUCUAAUGCCUCGUCCCCUCUGGCGCUUCCGCCCGCGGAUGCGCCCGAGGGUAGCCGUGGUAUCAAGAAGACACCGCGCCGGUCAAUCGAUAAAUCUCACAUAUCGAAACCAAUCGCCGACGCACGAUUCCCAAUCGUUAUAUCCUCUCCAACCACUCCGCUCGGAGAAGUCUCCCCACCGCCGUCCAUCUUCAUUCACACAUCGAACUCGAGCCCGGGCAGGAGGGAGCCGAAAAGCUUACAGUCGAGUCGCGCAGUCAGUCGCAGACAAUCUAUAACAGAACUGAAGUUUGGGGGACCCGUGCCGAGUUUAUCGCCGUUGCAGAUUCCAGUCACUGCAAUACCUUGGGCCGCAGGCGAGCUUGUCGAUAGCCCACUUCAAGACAUACCCGAGUCUCCUUUCGAAGUUCAGCUUGGGCAAGCUAUCAAGUUACUAUCGCAGUCUCAACGAGAAGAUUCUCAAAAAAAGCACAUCAUGGAUCCCACUCGGUUGUCGGUACAGCCGGCUGGCGCCGGCACCAAGGGCCGCGCGAUCAUGCAAGCGAAGGAGAUGCAGAACAUAGUGGCUGAGAGAGCCAAGCGUAGUGGUGACGAGCCGCCGCCAUAUGACUUUUACGAGUUGAUCGGCAAAGGCGCAUACGGCCGUGUGUUUAAGGGCAAAAACCGCAACAAUGAUGGACUGGUUGCCAUCAAGAUCAUUGACAUUGAUUCUGUUGAUUAUGAAGAAAUGACCACGAAGAACCUCUCGGAAACACUCAAAGAAAUCAACAUUCUCCAGCAGCUGCGAGACAGCAAAGCACGGCCAUAUGUCAACAUCAUCGAAGAAGCUCGGUCGGUCCAUAAUGAACUCUGGAUUGUCAGCGAGUAUGCCAGUGGUGGCAGCGUCAAUACAUUAAUGAAGCCCACCAUGAAUCUCAGAGAUCCAGGACCAGGACUGCCGGAGAAAUUCAUCAUACCGAUUGCGCGGGAACUCGCAUUGGGACUGAAAUAUGUGCACGAAGCCGGCGUUUUGCAUAGAGAUCUCAAGUGUAACAACAUCUUGAUUCUCGAGGAUGGCCGUGUGCAACUGUGCGAUUUCGGUGUAUCUGGACAACUUGAACCUGAGAGCUCUAAACGGUCGACCAUUGUUGGUACCCCUUAUUGGAUGGCGCCUGAACUGCAGAACGAAUGGAUAAAGGACGCCCACCCGCAAAGUAGGAUAAGACCGAAGGACAUUCUGUAUGGGUCCGAGGUCGAUAUCUGGGCGUACGGUUGUACCGUUUACGAAAUGGCGACAGGCUUUCCGCCUUUCCACAGAACCGUUCAGUGGGAUUUACCUGAUACCGGAGUCCCUGUCUUGGAAGGCGAGAGGCACUCUGAUACUCUUAAACAGUUCAUUUCUUUCAUACUACAGCCGAAUCCAGAGGAUCGCCCUACUCCUGACGAGAUUCUGGCACACCCCUUCCUUAUCGAUUCAACGAAGAUGUUUCCCACCGUCAUUCUGGUGAAACUAGUCGAAGACUACUACAAAUGGGAACUUGAAGGCGGCGCUCGAGCCUCAUUAUUCUAUGCGGGCGGCGCUCAAGCGCCCGACCCUCUUGCUCCGGAGGAAGACGGCGAAGACGAUGACUGGACCUUUAGCACCUCAGACGAGUUCGAAAAUCGUUUGUCCAGAGCAUUUCCCGAUCCAUUCUCAGCAACAUCAGGUCAAGGCUUCGUUGGGAUGAACAUGCCGAUUGAUGACGAGGACCGUUUCGCGAAGCUCCAGGCCACAUUCCGUGAACAACAGAUUAAGAAAGGAGAAGAGCGACUGAACCGAUUGUUCGAUAUGGACAAGUCACCAUACCGAUACAGCGGCGUUGACUUCGCGGAUAAUGGCCGGCCUCCAUCAGAUCUCGCGCUUCGUGACUUCAAUCCCGGCGCACCGAAUCGAGAGACAAUCAUCGACUUGGACUUUUCUUUACCUACGGCUGCUGAUGUGCCUAGUAUUGACUUGGGUGAAGUGCCUACUCUGAAAGCAAACAGGAUGAAGAGCCUUAUGCGUGAGAUGGAACUGGAAGAUGAAGAGCGAGAUCGUUUUGAUGAGGAUGACCAGCUUACCAAGCGCGCAACACGAGAUUGGAAGUUUCCUACUGCGAACGAAGACUCUAACAGGCGGACUCAAGACUGGAAGUUCCCUACUGCGAACGACGACUCUAACAGGCGGACGCAAGACUGGAAGUUCCCAUCCUCUGACCAACCAAAUCGCCGAACGCAGGACUGGAAAUUUCCCAUGGCAGAAGAGCCUAUGCCAGAGCCGAAUAGACAGACACGCGACUUCAAAUUCCCGCCGAAGCCAAACCGAGCAACGAGAGAAUGGACUUUCGAUGCAGCCAUGGCAGAGGCGAACUAUCAGAAUCAGCGGAACUCACGGCGAGCCACUAAAGACUGGAAGUUUCCAUCCUCGAAUGACAUGCCACCCUUGAACAAUCGCAAGACGCGGGACUUCAAAUUCCCCAUGGGUGGGUUGGAAGAGCGUGAGCCGGAGCCGGAUUAUCCGCAACCGUUCGCAUCUUCUCCAACUCUCGAGUCAAACUUUCGACCUAGUCUGAGGCACGCUACAACAGCCCCAGUAGGGACUUUUGACGAGUAUCCACGGGUCAGCUCUGCGCCCGAAUCACCGUUGCGCACCUCUAUGAUAGAUCUAGACAUGGCAAUGGUUGACGACUACCGUCCCGGUACGGCUGGUUCAGAAUCCACUACUACGUAUUCAGCUGCGACAGAACAGAUGAACGACAACCCUUUCAAUCUCGAAGACCAAGUACAGCUCACCGAAAAUAGCAACCGCACUUCGUAUCAUAUGAAGUCACAGUCAGAGCCUAAUCAUGCUCUUCCCGGCCUAUUCACUCCCCAGACAUUAGACGAGCAAGGCCUUCCAACAAACGUUGACCCUCACGCACCACCCAUGCACGCCCGCGGUGUCUCCUCCGUCUCACAAAUGCAAGCCCAGCUCAAACCACCACCCCACAACGUCCCCUCGGCCUACCACCGCGCCGCCCAGCGCUCCCCGAAUCUCGAGUUCGGCUGGUCGCACACCGCAGCCUACAAUCUCGGUCUCGGCAGCGACGACUCUCCCCCUCUAAGCGUCAUUACCGACGAAUCCGCCGACGAUGAGGACGUAGACGAAGCGUGGGACGCCCUCGAAAAGCUGACCCUCGCACGCACAAAGUACCCACGAAGCUUGCGCCGCAACGAUAGCCACGACGAGAAGCCCACCUCCUCGGACGCAGAAGACGGAUACACCACCGACGCUACAUACGACGACCUGCCCCGCCCAAUCCGCGUCUCUGUCGGCCCCAACGGCAACCCCCUCGUCGACUUUCCUAUCCCGCGUGGCCCGGCGCCUGAGGCGCUACUCGGUGUGCAGGGCGAUCCGCUACUGCUGCAGAAUGCGCUUUGGAAGAGUAGUCUGGAGUUGAGAGAUGGGCUGAGGGCGAGUAGGGACUUGUUGAAGGCGAUGCGGUUGGAGGAUGUGAGGCCGUUGGAGAGGCUGAGUGAGGAGGAGGGGGGUGCGGAAGGGAUGAGUACGAUCAGGGUCACUAAGGCGUAG